AAAUACGUUGUGGCAAAGGAAAAUCCGGACAUGUGCGCAUUAUGGAAUGCGCUCAUCAUUCUCUACGAGUACUCCAGCUGCCCCGAGAAGGGCCUCGAGCUAUCUAUCCAACUUCGCAAUAACAGCAUGUUCGACCUCCUUCGCCUUCGUUUGCCUGGUGCAGAUAGCAGUCGAUUCGGAGCGGUUGUUCGCCAGAAUCUCAUCACGUUGUUUGAAAUGGAUGUCCAAAAGACGAUCGGUCUACUGCUGGAUGGUAUGCGGGAGUUUCCGGUAAAUCCAUUUUUCACAUUUUGA